AUGUCGGAAGCCGACGAGGUUGCGGAGGACUACCGCCAUGCUCUGGAAGAUCUCUCUUCCAACAUGAGGUUCGAGAUUAGCAACUUGACCGUGAUUGCGAGAGAAAAUACGGAACACGCCCUGGCCAUUGCCGAGGUUCUUCAACAACAUAUUCUGAAGGCACCCCCGACGAAAAAAUUGCCCGCCCUCUACGUGCUCGACUCUAUUGUGAAGAAUGUCGGCACGCCAUACACAUUGUACUUUGGUCGAAAUCUAUUCAAAACAUUUAUGGAAUCAUAUGCCGUGGUCGACAACAACGUACGGAGGAAGAUGGAAGAAAUGCUCAAGACUUGGAAGGAUCCUGUUCCUGGAUCAAUGGACACGCGCCCUGUCUUCUCGCACGAACUGGUUCGUCCAAUAGAGAAUGCCCUUAUGAAGGCCAGAGCCGCGACGAUGCCGCAACCGGGAGCCAUCCCUGGGCGACCACGCUCUGCCAUGAUACCUCACCGGAACACACCUACGCCUCCCGGCAUGCGAGGGCAGCCUGGUGGUCCGGCUGGCCCGUAUCCUGCGCAGCAAUAUGGCUAUCCCAAUGGCAGCAGACCCGGCGAGGCGCCAUACCCCGGCCAACAACAGCAGUUCCUCCCCAGCUCCUCAACUCCUCAACCACAUGGCUCUAUACCGGCCUCUUUCCAACCGCUCCUCUCCGGACCAUAUGGGUCUGCAGGGGCGGGGACACUGGCUGGAAUAAGUGUAGAAACGUUGAGCAAUGACAUUCAGAAUUUGAUUGUUGCCAUGAGGGCAGAGUUCGCACAGAACCCAAAUGAUAAUAGUGUUCAAAACAGACUAAAAGCCCUGCUCGAUCUUCAAGGCGUUGUGCGCAAUACUAGUUUGCCACCUGAUCAGCUGGAGCUUAUUAAAAACAAAGUAACUGAACUUGCUGCCGUGACGAUGAAGGCAACGCCAUCCCAGAACUCGACGCCAGUUCCUGGGUAUGUGCCCCCUCAAGGCCACCCACCAUCUCAUCCUGCGCCUGUAACUCCAGUCCCAGCCUCGGUGCCUGAGCAGAAGCCUCAAGUAACGCUCGAUUCUCUCCUGGGACCAGGAGCAAUGGCAGCACUCAUGGCUAGGCAGGCGGCAGCAUCACAGAAUGCCACUCCUGCGGCCCCAUUUCCUAAUGCUCCCAUCCGAUCGCCACCUCCGACCCAUGCAGAAACACCGAAGCCUCCUCCUCAGAAUCCGAUGUCCUUGCUGGAACGACUUCGUCAAGCAGGCAUGAUACCAUCUGCUACACCUCCAAGUAGUGGUGUACCAGUUGUCGCCACUCCUCCUCCGCCGCCGCCGCCUCAGUCAAUACUACCUCUGAACAUUUCCAGCAUAUUGGCUUCGGCAAAGGCAGCAGCCAGCCAACAGGGACUUGAUGGUCUCAAUGGCCCCGUCCUAGACUCGACGUCAUUAAAACAACAAUUCCGCCCCAGUACUGUUGCUGCUCUCUAUGAUAACCUCGGUCCGCCUUGCUCGCAAUGUGGACGACGAUUCAAGACGGAUGAGGAGGGAAAGCGAAAGAAGAUGGCUCACAUGGACUGGCAUUUUCGUGUUCACCAGAGAACAACAGAAGCCGAGAAGAGGGGUACGCACCGAAGUUGGUACGUGGAUUAUCAGGAUUGGCUUCGCUCUCGCGAGACAGUAGACUCGGAUCACAUUCCGGCACCCGACGACGGUGCUGGGCAGGCAUCAGAAGCGAACAAGGGACCCAAGUAUAUCCCCGUGCCGGAUCCCGCGAGCGGCAUCAACAACGUUUGCCCAAUCUGCCAAGAGAGGUUCGAAAACAAGUGGCUCGACACGGCGCAAGAAUGGGUUUGGCUGGACGCUGUCCUCGUGGGCAACCGAGCGUACCAUGCGUCGUGCCACGCUGAAGCCACGAGAGACCGUGAAGGCACUCCUGGUCCCUCCCGGCGAACACCCGAGCCUGUUUUGGGCAAAAGGAAGGCCGAAAACGCCAUUUCGUCGCCGAAGAUUCGGACUUUGAAGACGUCAAUGUAA